AUGUCUUCAACUCAAACUGAAACUCAACCUCAAUUGCAGGUCUCUAGUGGACCAAUCUGUCAUGCUUUGUCUGACAUAGUCAAGACUGAUGACUGGUCUGAUUUUAAAUUUGCUCCAAUUACUGAGUCCACUGUUUCCCGUGCCAUGACCUCUCGUUACUUCGCAGAUAUGGAUAAAUACGCUGUCGCUGAUGUUAUAAUCGUCGGUUGUGGUUCUUCUGGUUUAUCUGCAGCCUAUGUCAUUGCCAAGAAUAGGCCUGAUUUAAAAAUUGUCUUAGUUGAAAGUGCCUUAGCCUGUGGAGGUGGUGGUUGGGUCUCUGGUCAAUUAUUCAGUGCAAUGGUUAUGAGAAAGCCAACUGACUUGUUUUUAAAGGAAGUUGGUAUUCCAUAUGAGGAUGAAGGUGACUACGUUGUUGUUAAACAUGCUGCCUUAUUUACUUCCACAAUGAUUUCUAAAGUUUUACAAUUUCCAAAUGUUAAGUUAUUCAAUGCCACUGCUGUUGAAGAUUUGAUUACUAGACCAUCAUCAAAGGGUGGUGAUUCAGUUACAGUUGCCGGUGUUGUUACCAACUGGACUUUGGUUACAAUGAACCACGAUACUCAAAGUUGUAUGGAUCCAAAUGUCAUUGAAUUAGCCGGUUACAAACAAGACGGUACUCGUGAUCAUUCCCAAAAACAUGGUGUUAUUUUAUCCACUACUGGUCAUGAUGGUCCAUUUGGUGCCUUCUCAGCCAAGAGGAUUGUCUCAAUUGAUAACUCUAAUAACUUAGUCGGUAUGAAGGGUCUUGACAUGAACAGAGCUGAAGCUGGUGUUGUUAAGAAUUCCGGUUCUUAUGCUGGUGUUGAAUCAAUAUACUUUGCUGGUAUGGAAGUUGCUGAAUUAGCUGGCUGUAACAGAAUGGGUCCAACAUUCGGUGCCAUGGUUGUUUCAGGUGUUAAAGCUGCUGAAGAAAUUUUAAAGCACUUUGCUUAG